GAAGAAAGCAGAGAAGAGAACCUCGCUCUCAUGGCUCCUCGCUUCGUCUUCCCCAGAACGCUUCGAGAUUUGGCAGAAGACCACCAAGACAAUCGUCUUUGUGCUCAGAAUCCCAUCGACAUCGCUUCUCUUCGCCCUUCCGAACUCGAAGAGUUCGUCAAAGGUGUGUCAUUUGACCUGUCCGAUAAGGAGCUCUUUUGUGUGGAAGAGCAAGAUGUGUUUGAUCGCCUAUACUCAUUGGUCCAUGGUUUCUCCAGUCUUACCCCAUCUUGUAAAUUCAACCUUGUUGAGAGUCUCCGAUUGAAUCUCAGUGUUCUUCUUCCGAAUGUUGAUUCGGUUUCUCGCCUUUCACAAGGUGAGGAUGGCGACUCUCAAGUUCUUGUUCGAGUUGGGUCACACCGAAAUGCUUUUAAAAUCUACACAUUCUUUCUCUUCAGCGUCAUUCUUGCUGAGGAGUCGAACACUAGCUCUAAUAACAACUCAAAGGUGGUUGCGAGUUCGAGAAAGAAAAGUCCGAUAAACUCGUGGAACUGGGAACUACAGAGGGGCCGCAUACUAAAUUUAAUUGCCAAUUCAUUAGAGAUUAACCUCGUGUUGCUCUUUGGUUCAUCAGACCUGGAUGAAAAUUAUGUUUCUUUCAUUACGAGGAAUGCAUAUUCUUUGUUUGAAAAGGCCACACUUUUGAAAGACUCUGAAACAAAAUGCGCUCUCUGUCGUAUAAUUGGGGCUUGUGCUACUAAAUACCAUUACUUGGCACAAUCAUGUGCUUCGAUCAUGCACCUAGUUCAUAAGUAUGAUUUUGUUGUUACUCAUAUUGCUGAUGCGGUUUCUGAUGCUGAGAAGAAGUACGCUGAUGGGAGCCUGGCUAUUUCUCUCAUUAGAGAGAUAGGAAGGGCUAACCCAAAAGACUAUGUGAAGGACACAGCUGGGGCUGAAAAUGUUGGCCAUCUUAUGGUGGAACUUGCUGAUCGGUUACCGAAGUUGCUAUCUACCAACAUUGGACUCCUUGUCCUGCAUUUUGGUGGAGAAUCUUACAAGAUAAGGAAUGCUCUUGUUGCGGUCUUGGGGAAGUUGGUUGCCAAGGCAUUUAAGGAUGUUGAGGGUUUGAGUACUAAAUCUGUUCAUCUCCGAACUAAGCAAGCAAUGUUGGAAAUACUAGUUGAGCGCUGUCGAGAUGUUUCGGCUUAUACUAGGAGUCGUGUUCUUCAAGUUUGGGCUGAACUUUGUGAAGAGCAUUCUGUUUCAAUUGGCUUGUGGAAUGAGGUUGCUAAAGUUGCCGCUGGAAGGUUGGAGGAUAAGGGUGCACUAGUCAGAAAAUCUGCACUAAAUUUGCUUAUAAUGAUGUUGCAGCAUAACCCAUUUGGUCCACAACUUCGAAUAGCUUCCUUUGAAGCAACUUUAGAGCAGUACAAGAAGAAGCUGAAAGAGCUCGAACCAGAUAUUACUUCGGAAAGUGUUCCAGAUGCGAUGCCAUUUGAAAGUGAUACCAGCAACGGAGAUGGCGAGAUUGAUGAUGCAAAUUCUGGAGUGACCCCGAAGCAACAGGAGAGUUUGACUGAUAGUUGUCUGUCCAAUAUGGAAGAAAAUGUUAUUCAGAAGGAUAGUGCUUUGCCAGAUGUUGGGAACUUGGAGCAGACAAGAGUCCUAGUUGCAUCUCUGGAGGCUGGCUUGAGGUUUUCCAAGUGUAUAGCUGCCGCCAUGCCCACCCUUGUCCAAUUGAUGGCAUCUUCUUCUGCGACUGAUGUAGAGCAUACGAUUCUAUUGUUGAUGAGGUGCAGACAGUUUCAAAUUGAUGGCUCGGAAUCGUGUCUUCGUAAAAUGUUGCCGCUGGUAUUUUCUCAGGACAAAUCCAUAUAUGAAGCUGUUGAGAACGCAUUUAUUACGAUUUAUAUAAGGAAAAAUGCAGUAGAAACUGCUAAGAAUCUUCUGAACCUUGCCAUAGAAUCUAAUAUAGGAGAUCUUGCAGCUCUGGAGUUUAUAGUUGGUGUGUUGGUAUCCCAAGGUGAUAUAACCACUGCUGCGAUAUCCGUGUUAUGGGAUUUCUUUUGCUUUAAUGUUAGUGGAACCACUGCAGAGCAAAGUCGUGGUGCGUUGUCUGUACUUUGCAUGGCUGCAAAGUCUCAUCCUGAGAUUCUUGGGUUGCACUUGCAAGACAUUAUCGAUAUUGGGUUUGGUCGUUGGGCUAAAACAGAUCCUUUGCUUGCUAGAACAGCUUGCAUUGCUCUUCAGAGAUUGUCUCACGAGGACAAAAAGAAGUUGUUGUCUAGUAUCGGUAGCAGAGUAUUUACCACUCUGCAAAAUUUAGUUACUGGGUGUUGGCUACCUGAAAACAUAUGGUAUGCUGCUGCUGAUAGAGCAAUAGCUGCUAUAUAUACGAUUCACCCCACUCCAGAAACUCUAGUUGCAGAUCUGGUGAAAAAAUCUCUCAGUUCUGUGUUUGAUUAUAGUGGAGGGGAGGAUUUGCAGAAUGAGAUUGAUGGUGGCAAUGCUUCUGUACUUACCACGGUUGAAGUAGCAAAGCUUAGUAGAUAUCUGUUUGUCGUAAGUCAUGUUGCAAUGCACCAACUAGUAUACAUUGAAUCCUGCCAUAGAAAGAUCCAGAAACAGAAAGUGGGCAAAGAGAAGGAAGUUGAAGAUCAGACAGAGCAAGUUAAUGGCACAAAGCCUGGUGAAACUCCAAAGGAAAAUGGUAUCAGUGCUGAGCUUGGCCUUGCUGUCUCUGAAGAUGCAAUACUAGAUAUGCUCUCUGAGCGAGCCGAAAAAGAAAUUGUUUCUGCGAGUUUAGAGGAGAAAAAUCUAAUUGGGCAUUGUGCACCUUUUCUCUCAAAGCUUUGUAGAAAUUUCAGUUUGAUGCAAAAGCAUCCAGUACUACAGGCGUCUGGAAUGCUUGCUUUAUGUCGAUUUAUGAUAAUUGAUGCAAAUUUUUGUAAAGCAAAUCUCCAGCUUCUCUUCACAGUUGUGGAGAGUGCCCCAUCAGAAAUUGUUCGUUCUAAUUGCACCAUUGCUCUUGGAGAUUUGGCUGUUCGAUUUCCUAACUUGUUGGAACCAUGGACAGAGAACAUGUAUUCCAGGUUACAAGACCCGUCAGUAUCUGUUCGGAAGAAUGCUGUUUUGGUGCUUUCACAUCUCAUACUAAAUGACAUGAUGAAGGUGAAAGGUUACAUAUAUGAAAUGGCCGUAAGGUUAGAAGAUGACGAGGAGAGGAUUUCAAAUCUGGCUAGACUCUUUUUCCAUGAGCUAUCUAAGAAAGGAAGCAAUCCAGUAUAUAAUUUGCUUCCAGAUAUACUUGGCAAGUUAUCCAACCAAAAUCUACAGAGAGAAUCUUUCUGCAACAUCAUGCAGUUCUUAAUAGGUUCCAUCAAGAAGGACAAGCAAAUGGAAGCUCUUGUUGAGAAGCUUUGUAACAGGUUUAGUGGAGAUACAGAUAUUAGACAGUGGGAACAUAUUUCUUACUGCCUCUCUCAGCUUGCAUUCACUGAAAAGGGAAUCAAAAAGCUCAUGGAGUUAUUCAAAACAUAUGAACGCGUCUUGUCAGAGGAUUCUGUGAUGGAGCAUUUUAAAGCCAUAAUAAACAAGAGCAAGAAGUUUGCGAAGCCGGAACUCAAAGUAUGCAUUGAGGAGUUUGAGGACAAGCUUAACAAGUUCCAUAUGGAAAAGAAGGAGCAAGAAGUGACAGCACGGAAUGCCCAGAUUCAUCAACAAAAGAUUGGUGGCACGGAAGAUUUUGCUGUGACUCAGAAUUCUAAAGAAGAUAAAGCAGAAUCUGAUGCUACUGAAGAAGGUGAAGUCAUCGAUCCUUCAUGUGAAGGAGCGAGUCCGUCUGAGAAUGACGUACCAAAUUCUGGACACGUUGACUCUGAUGAAUGCUCUGGUGCUUCUAGCGAGUUAACGGAGGAGGCAGAACAAGAAGAUGUUGAAGAUCAAUCACCAGAAGUUAGUUCAAGAGAUAGUUAAGCACCAUAUCAUUCUGUUCUUGAAGGCAAAUAUUCUAUGUCCAUUAAAGGGAAUGCCUUUACGGGGACCUCCAAAUCGAGAGCUAAGAAAAGCAACUUAAAAGCUCAAAAGAGCAACCUUUUGGCAUCCACCUGAAGAAAUACGGGGGCAAAUCGAAGGUAGUUUAGUACAAAUUCUUCAGAAGAUGUUCUUUUAAUUCUUUCCAAGUGGAAGCAGGUAUUUUGUGUUACGACUAUGUGUGUAAUGUAAUGUGCUUCCUUGUAAGGGCCUAACCAAAUUGUGAAUUCAUGUAUAAGCAUACGACGUGUGACAAAAAAAAAAGGUUGUUUCGCUUUUAUAGAACACUAACUUUACAAGUCCACUAUGAAUAUAUUUGACAUGUAUAUAUUUCGUCUGGGCUAAAAGUCCCCUAAAGCGC